GAUAUGCAUGGAGCGUUCUCCACUGCUGCGCGGUUUACCAACCCUGCAGGAGAUGUGUUAAGUACUUUAGGUCCCGACGCGCAAUUGAUCGCUAUGCGUGCUUUGCUCCCUACAUUCCAGUUUUCUUCACCAUGGCGCACUUCACCGGUGUUAUUCUCUCAUUCAUAUCAUAUCUCCUCUUUCUCAUUCUCCACACACCACUCUCCCACGCAAAACCCCUCUCCUACAAUCGAGCGGCCUGCCAAUCCUCGACUCCCAAUCCUCUAACCGGCUGUCCAGCCAACACACUUCUCGUUAGCUCCAAUACCACUACUUCAAACACCACCUUCACCAGCAUCCAGUCCGCGAUCCUCUCUCUCCCCGCCGACAACAGCAGCGCGACGAUCCUAAUCCUUCCCGGCACCUACACCGAACAGCUCAACAUCACGCGUCCAGGGCCCGUGACGCUGCUCGGGCAGACCAGCAACCCGAACAACGCAUCCGCAAACGGCGUCACUGUACUUUGGCGCGAGGCGACGGGUAACGACGAGAACAGCUUCGACAAUGCGUACACGGCCGUGUUGACGGUGGCGCCGACGUGGGAGAGCAGCUUGACUGGGACAGGCCCGACGGGGUAUCCGGUGCCGGAGGAUACGCCGUUUGGAAAUGGAGGGUUUGCGGCGUAUAAUGUGGACUUUGUGAAUGAUUAUAAGGACGUCGCAGCGGGGCCGGCGUUGGCGCUGAGUGUGAGUUAUGCGAAUGCGGGAUUUUAUUAUUGUGGGUUUUAUAGUUAUCAGGAUACGGUAUACGUGGGCAAGCUCGGCAAUGCCUACUUCGACAAUAGCAUUAUCGCUGGCCAGACGGAUUUCUUGUAUGGUUUCGGCACGGCAUGGAUCCAGUCAAGCUUGCUUUCGCUGCGCAACUGCGGAGGUGGUAUCACUGCCUGGAAAGGCACAAACACCACUUUCGAGAACAAGUAUGGUGUUUACAUCCAUGAUUCGGAAGUCAGAAAGGCAAAUGAUUCGCUUUCGAUCGAAGGAGAAUGCUCGUUAGGAAGGCCUUGGAACGCCCAACACCGCUCCAUCUUCGCCAACACUUAUCUCGACGCCAGCAUCAGACCCAGCGGCUACACCACCUGGGGAAGCACCGAUCCGCGCACAAAUAACUACACGCUCGAGGCCGAGUACCAGAACUUUGGGCCCGGCUUCAAUCGCACCGGUCGCCUUGCCGAGAACAUUAGUCGUCUGCUUUCCGAUGAGGAGUAUGCGCCGUAUUCGUCUCUUGAUGAGGUUUUCCAGUUCCCGUUUUCGGACAGGGAUGGGAAUACAGCGUGGAUCGAUCGGAGUCCAGAAGCUUGAGGAUAUGUAUCAAGACCCGUCGCAUCAAGCCUGGCCAAACAAAAUUUAUCAUCGAUUAAAAUUCUUCGCCCCUCAGUACCAUUAACUUCAGUAAACCUACAGCUUCAGCUCAUCACUGUCUUGACGAUUUAUCCUGGCUAGGUGGAUUACGAAAGAGGAGCUGCAUUGGACCCACAGAGGGGCUAGAUGAUGUCGAACCCUAGUCAGGCCUCACAAGGGCCAGGGCACGACACGUCUGUCAUGCAGUUCAAGUGGGCCGCGAGUGCGGGG